CAAUGCCCCCAAGCCUCAGGACCCAGCCCAGAGAAAAAGUCACUCUUCCUGCCACUCCUCUCAGAUCCCGCCCAGAAACUGUGGAUUGAGGCUGCCCCAGAGGGGCAGAAGCUCCGGGCUGGGACCCGGGUGAGGCUGGUGUGUUCGGCCAUCGGGGGCAACCCAGAGCCCUCCCUCACAUGGUACAAGGAUUCGCGCACCGUGACUGAGUCGCGGCUGCCGCAGGAGCCGUGGCGCAUGCAGCUCCGCAACGUGGAGAAAUCUGGGAGCACCUUCUCCCGAGAGCUGGUGCUGGUCACAGGGCCGGUGACACCCCAGAGCUCGGAUAAUGGGCAGUUGCUAGUCUGUGAGGCGUCUAGCCCAGCACUGGAGGCCCCCAUCAAGGCCUCAUUCACCGUGAAUGUUCUGUUCCCUCCAGGACCCCCUGUCAUCGAGUGGCCAGGCUUGGAUGAGGGGCAUGUGCGGGCAGGACAGAGCUUGGAGCUGCCAUGCGUGGCCCAAGGGGGGAAUCCCUUAGCCACACUGCAGUGGCUGAAGAAUGGCCAGCCGGUGUCCACAGUGUGGGGCACAGAGCACACCCAGGCCGUGGCCCGCAGUGUGCUGGUGAUGACCGUGAGGCCAGAAGACCAUGGAGCGCGGCUCAGCUGCGAGGCCCAUAACAGCAUGUCUGCAGGGACCCAGGAGCGCAGCAUCAUGCUGCAGGUCACCUGUGAUCCCCCUAGAGCCAUUACUAUCCUGGGAUCUGCAUCCCAGGUUGAGAACAAGAACAUGACACUCUCCUGUGUCAGCAAGUCCAGUCGCCCACGGGUCCUGCUACGAUGGUGGCUGGGCUGGCGGCAGCUGCUGCCCAUGGAGGAGACGAUCAUGCAGGGACUGCAUGGUGGUUACAUCUCCAUGUCCAACCUGACAUUCCUGGCACGGCGGGAGGACAAUGGUCUGACCCUCACAUGUGAGGCCUUCAGUGAAGCCUUCACCAAGGAGACCUUCAAGAAGUCGCUCACCCUGAACGUAAAAUAUCCCGCCCAGAAACUGUGGAUUGAGGCUGCCCCAGAGGGGCAGAAGCUCCGGGCUGGGACCCGGCUGAGGCUGGUGUGUUUGGCCAUCAGGGGCAACCCAGAGCCCUCCCUCACAUGGUACAAG